GCAGCGCGCUGCUCUCGCGCUGCUCUCGCGCUGCUCAGAGACACAUACAACAGAAAUGACUAUGGCCACAGAUAAAGUGGUUAUUGAGACCCAAAAGCUGGAGUCCUGUGCGGGGGCAGCAGGGUAUGGAGACGCCUCUAUUCAGGUCAAGAUAUUACAGGUCCCAGCCAAGUGCGGACCCAUCCCUGCUGCAGGCGUCUCAAAGGGCAACUCCGUCUCUGCCUCACCUAAAGUCACCCCCACCAGCCAGGCCCACCAGCCUACAGUUAAAGGCCCAGGCCUUCAGACUUCCUCCCCCUCUCUCAUGGUGAUAGCAAAGGUGGCCACCCCGGCAGGAGGGAGCGCCAACGGCCAACCACAGGUAACAAAACCAGCGUUGAGCCAGGUGGCCUCCAUGAGCCAGACCAGCACCCCAGGAAGGAGGGUGGUGAUAGCUGUACCAAGGGCAGCAACCCCACAGACGGUCGCUGUGGCCCCUCGGCUGCCGCUGAGCACCUCCCCACAGCUCCCAGCAAAUAUCCAGAUACCACCAGGUAUGAUGUUGAUCCGCAGUGACAGUGGUCAGCUGAUGCUGGUAUCCCAGCAGGCUUUGGCACAGGCUCAGCAGGGUCCAAGAGGUGUCAGUGGUCAAGUGCCCAGAAUAUUGUUCCCACAGGUAUCUGCAGCAGCUGUAAAUAAAAGUCAUGAGAAGGUUACAGUGAUCAGGAUGGCAGCCCCGCCCAAUUUCCAACCAGCACCAGUCCAGAAGACAGCUGUGGUAAAGGUAACUGGUGUAGCUCCCAGAACAGCUGUAGUCCAGAACCAUAGUUCCAUGUCGGAGAGGGGGAGCCGGCCUCGCAUUCAGGCGAUCGUCACAGAAACCAAAAAGGAGCCGACAGCCACGUUCAGUCAGGAAACCCUGGAAAGUGUGAAGAAGUGCAAGAACUUCCUGGUGACUCUGAUCAAGCUGGCCUCCAGUGACUCCAGGUCUGCUAACAUGGCUAACAACGUCAGAGGACUGGUCCGGAGUCUGCUGGAAGGAAAGCUAGAAGCAGAGGAGUUUACAGAGCAGCUCUAUCAUGAGUUAAAGUCGACGCCACAGCCCUGCUUGGUGCCUUUCCUCAAGAAAAGUCUUCCUGCGGUGCGUCACCUUACUGCAGACCCCCAGUUAUUCAUCCAACAGGCUUCCACUUCCACCCCCAACCCCAACACUCUGCCUUCCACCAUGAAGCAGUCCAACAUUGACACAGGACACAACCUCAACACCACUCAGCAGCAGCCUCGAGGAGUGACUCUGAGACCUGGGAUGAUGACGUUGGCCCAGUCAGGAAAGUACAUAUCUAAGACCAGCAGACCCGCCCCCAAACACACAGUGGUCCAGUCAGGAAAACACUACACAGGAACAUGUUCAAUGAAACAACUGUUCGCUCAGGAUCCCACUCAUACCAAAUUUGCAUUUAAGGACAGUCCAGGAACUUACAAAGAAGACGAUGACAUCAACGACGUAGCCUCCAUGGCUGGAGUCAACCUGAGAGAGGAGAACGCACGGAUCUUGACCACCGCAGUCGGCUCUGUGGUGCAGUCAUGUCAGGAUCAGCCCUUUCUCUCACCUAACCCGGUCCUCAGCCGGAUCCUUCACACAGGACAGGCACUGGGAGUGACUGAUGUCGGUCCAGAGGUGGUCACUCUGGUUUCUCAUGCUACGCAGGAGUGUCUCCGGGGGCUAGUAGAGAAGCUCACUGUAAUGGCAGAACACCGCAAGGCAUCACUGAAGGAGGACCUGUGGCAUGCCAAAGUGAGUGAUGUACGCUCCCAGCUUCGCUUCCUGGAGGAAGUGGAGAGUUUGAAGAAGAAGAGGAAAGAUGAAGAGGAGAGAGAGAGACUGCUGCGUUUGGCCAGAAGUCGCUCACACACUGAGGAUCCACUGCAUCAGCAGCUUAAGCAAAGAGCCAAAGAGUUACAACAAAUAGAAGACGCUCAGCUGCAGCAAAGAGAGGCCAACCUCACUGCUCUGGCUGCCAUCGGGCCUCGUAAGAAGAGACCUCUGGAGCAGACUGAAAGCCAGGUGACUCUGCUGCCCAGACAGGGUGUUCAGAGAGUGACUCGGGUCAUGCUGAGGGAUCUGCUGGUGUGUAUGGAGGAGGACCACUUCCUACGCCACUCUCUGACUCUCUACAAAGCGAUGCUCUGACUACCUUACUGCUCCUACUGUUAAUAACUGAAUCGGUCCAGUAGUAAUCUAUAGUUUGUGCUCACAAGGUCCCAAGUUUUUGAAUCUUUUCUUUUGACCUCCAAAAAAUGUUUUUGCAGUUUGUUUCUAUUAUAUCAAAUAUCUAUUUAUAUGCUGUUUGGAGGAUAGUGUUGGAUCAGCAAUGGGCUCUGAAAGCACUUAUAGUUUUGGUUUUGAUUAUAAAGACAAGAGUAGAGAAUACUGCUGUUGACUGAAAAGUAUUGUUGAAAAGUGUACUAAAUGUAGUUCAGUUGUCCGUUGAGUUUUUCAUCACUUUGCUUGUUUAUUGUUUGGCCAUUAAAAAAAGUAGAUUCGGUCACAUCCUGACAUUUCCUUUUCUUGGUUGUUUGUAGCCACAAAUGCAGCGUGGCUCUGGGGGCGGUAAUGCCAGUCUGUCGGCCCACCACUUUGUGCCAGAAUGCAAUGUCUCAACAAUUACUGGAUGAAUUGCUAUGAGAUGUUGCACAAACAUUCACAUUCACUGCAGGAUAAAUUAUUUAAACUUUGAAGAUUGUGUGACUUUUCAUCUAGCACCAUCACUAGGGUCAAAAGUGGGUUAAAUAUUUUAAAAAAAAUGUCUAAUAAAAACUUCCAGACUUAAACACACAUCUACCAGACAGUUUGAAGGAGGAGGAUUCUCUUCUCACAGUAUGACUUUAAAAACAGCUUUCAGUACAGUUAUAGAGGCUGUCUGUUACUUUUUCCAUCUCAAUCAUCUUGUAGAUCGUACAAUAGCUAUGUUUACAUGGAGCCUAAUAUUCUGAUUAUAAGUGGUUUAACACCUCAGUCAGAAUAAACAGGCCCAAACCAAUGAAACCUUAGUGGCUGCGUUCUUCCUGCACAUGCCCUCUGUUUCGGGGUGUACGUUUCACUCCACUUCCAAAAUAUGGCUUAAUAUGCUUCCAAGCUGAACUGGACCUCUGUCGAGAGUUUGUGAACAUUAAACUAAACUGAACAUUAUUGGACACCUACAUGGUAGGAAAAUGAAAUUACAACCUAUUAAAGAAGUCCAAGAAAAAAUGAGCGAAGCUGGGACAGACCAAAGACUACAGAUUACAAGGCUAAAAUCAUGGACUGUAUGACUAAAAAUGGCCGUAGUUUUCCUGACAUCCCCUGAUGUCCCUAUUUCUAAAGAGCCGCUGUGAAGCUCAGUGUGGUCGGCUCUGGCUGUCACCAUCUUGGCAGUCUUGACUCUACCGGCUCCCAGUUAAUCCAAAAAUGGGCAAAGAGGCGGAGCGUGGUUGAAAGAAGCCUGGUUACUAAAAACAGCCACCUGUGACUCAAAGCAGCUGUUCACUUAGUUAUGCAAAAAUGAAGUAAAGUUAAGUACAUUUUUAAAGCUCCCUUGUCUUGCCAGUAUUCAGCUCUUCUGCACUACCCAGCCAAUUCAUCCAGCAGGCCUCUGUAUUCGUCCUCCUGUUGUCCUCUAAUGCACCCCACAAUGGCAGAGAACUCCUGCAGGUGGAGGGCUUUCGAGCUGAAGUAAGAGGUGUAUAUGGUAAACAGCCGGGGGGAGAGGAGUGUCCUUGGGGUCCACCGUAUUGCUCAUCACAGUUCCUCAGUCUCUCAAAUUGCUGCCUGUCAGUCAGGUAAUCCGUUAACCAGGAACCAAAGUGGAGUGUUCACCUGCAUGGCCCUGAGCUUGUCUCCCAAUGGCAGAAGCUAUAUGGAGGAAUCAAAGAACAGCAGGUAAAUGAUAGUGUCAACUCCCUUGUUCUUCUUUAGGCAAACUGCAGGGGGGGUCUAGUGCUGGUCUAACCAGGGGCCGGAGCUGGGAGAGUUUCAGUCUCAAGGGUCUUCAUCACAUGGGAUGUCACAGGUCUGUAGUAAUGUAAGCCUUUGGGGACCAGGCAUGACGUCUUCCUCAGGUUGAAGAUGUGCUGCAGGACUCAAACAGGGACAAGGCUAGGAGUGGAGCAUGAGGACUAAUAAUGAACAGCCUGUAUCUUGGUUAUGACUUAUAUUUUUUUUAAUGGGAUCCUCUGAAAUGUUUUUAGUUGGUAUGAAAAUUUUACAAUAAUUAUGCAAAACAAAGAAAAUGUGAUCUACAAAUAAACAAUGCUGGCUUCUGUUGUUGCUCCAUGCUUCAUCACGGGUGAAGCCCUAUAAAACAUAUUUGGAAAAUGAAUCAAUCGCGGAUCUUCUGCCUCUAUUUUUUUUUUAAAAACCGAACAAAGA